AUGGUGGGCUUCGAGGAGCAAGGAUAGAGACAGACUCAAGGGACCAGAGGACAGACAUCAGCUCUCACCUCUGUGUCCCAGCAUGGGGUGCUUGAAGAAGACCCUGCCUUUUCUCCUCAUUUUUGUGUCCAUGUCUGUACACGGGACUCCGUCACAGGAAGCUGACCCAGCUAGACAAAGAAAGCCAUUUUUCGAGAGGCUCCGUCGACUAGAAGAGCAGUUUCAGAGAUUUCAACAAGUGACCUUAACACACCUGCAGGACAUUGCCAACAACUACAAUGUGUACUACAAUAUGGAUCCCCGCUUCCAGAGCCUGGUGGAACAGAGCCAAGCUGUAGCUCUCGCAAUGAAUCAGUCUCAAGCUGCCAUACAAGGAGAUGUGGCCCACCUAAAGACCUGGUUUAGGAAGAGCCAGCGAAAGAGCCGGAAGAUAGAUGCUCGGCUUCAAGCCUUGGACCUCUCCCUGAGCACAAAGAGCAAGCAGUGGGUAGAGAAAGAAAAGGAGCAAAAGACACAGAGGGAGGCCAUUGCAAGCCUGGCCCUAAGCUUUCAGGCACUACAGGAUGUGCUGGCCAGCCUCACACAGCAAGUCCAUAGCCAGGAUGCCAGGCUUGCUGCUCUUGAGGAACAGACACAGAAGGCCUCCCCUGGUACUGUGGCCCUGGGGCUGACCACAGCCCCAACCCCUACCCGGCUUGCUCAACAAGGCCCAGGUUCCUUGCAACUGUGGAAGGACAGCAAAGCAUCCAAGUCUUCACUCCAACACAGGAGUUCUCCCCAAGACUUCCCUCUCCACAUCCAGGAGAUGCAGACAUUCCAAGCUCCAAGCAGCCAUCGAGCAAUCCCACCAAGGACCCACCGAGGACCAGGAAACAUUUGCAGCACGGGCCCAGUGCUGAUUUUCCCCAACACCUCCACUGAAAAUGUGAUCUUUCUUAGCCCUGGCUUCCUCGUGCCCCUACGAGCCCUGUCCUUCUGCAGUUGGGUCCGCAUCGCCACCAGACACCUGGGCACGCUUCUUUCCUACGCCACCAAAGACAAUGACAACAAACUAGUACUGCAUGGUCGAGACUCCCUGGUCCCUGGCUCCAUCCACUUUGUGAUUGGUGACCCAGUCUUCAGGGAAUUGUCCCUGCAGCCGCUUCUGGAUGGUCAGUGGCACCACAUUUGUAUCAUCUGGACAUCCGUGGAGGGCAAGUACUGGCUCCACAUAGACCGAAGGAUAGUAGCCACAGGCUCCCGAUUCAGAGAGGGCUAUGAGAUCCCUCCUGGAGGAUCGCUUGUGCUAGGCCAGGAACAAGACACCGUGGGGGGCAAGUUUGACAGCUCUGAGGCCUUCGUAGGGGCCAUAUCUGGCUUGGCCAUCUGGGAUCGGGCAUUGUUCCCUAGAGAAGUUGCAAACUUGGCCACUGGGAAAGAGCUCCCCACAGGUGCCAUUCUGACACUGACCAAUGUCACAUCUGUGGGUGGAUUUGUACAGAGAGCCAAAUGUACCUGCCUGGAGCAAUGUCCAUAAGGCUGCCUGCCACACAUGGCUGUGUCACAGUCAAGAAGAACAAGCCUC